AUGUCAAUGCUAACUUUGACGGCUCCAAGUGUCAAGCAUAUAUUGCUUGAUUCAUUGGUUGUGAUGAAAAUAGUGAAACACGUCGACAGUGAAUUAUAUUCUGGAAUCAGCGAGGUAUGUUCAACUUUUAAAACUUAUUUCAUUGAGAUUCGAAAUUAUAGGUAUCUGGAGAAUCAUGCCAAGGAGUUUUGACUGGUCUUGUCUCAAUGGAUGACCACCGACUCGAAAUUACAAACUGCUUUCCAACAGCCAGAACUGAGCCAGUUAUGGACGACGAAUCAUCAGUUCAAGCUUCCCAACAAUACGAAGAACAAAAACAGCAAGAAAUGUUAGACAUGCUCCGUAAAUUCCGUACUAUGAAUAUUGAUUAUGAAAUAGUUGGUUUCUAUCAAUCACAUCAAUUUGGAGCUUGUUUCUCUCAAGAUCUUGUUGAAUCAAUGUUCGAUUAUCAAAGUAUGGGACCAGAAAAUGUCGUCAUCAUCUAUGAUCCAGUCAAAACUCGACAAGGACAAUUAUCUUUGAAGGCAUACAGACUUUCCAUGAUAGCUUUGGAAUUGGCAUCGAAAAAUGAUUGGAAUCCAGAAAUGUACAUUUAAAAAAUUGUUUUCUUAAAAUCAUUUCACGUUUUUUUCAGCGUAAAAUCGAGUGGUUUGAACUACGAAAACAUGUUCGAAGAACUUCCAAUCAUAAUCAAAUCUUCAUAUUUGAACAAUGUUCUCAUGGCUGAACUUUCAUUGUCAAAAGGAUCGAUGACUGACAAAUAUGCAGCCAAACAUUUGGAUUUAGGAACAAAAAGGUUUUUCAUUUUAUCAUAAAUAUAGUUUGUGCUAAUUUUAUUGAAUUAAGAUCGUUGGAAAAAUCCGUCCGCGCAAUGAUGACCAAUGUUGAUGAGUUGAAUAAGUCAAUUCAAUCUUUGGCAAAAUAUAUGAACGACAAACAACGACAUGAUAAUAUGGUAUUCAAUAUCACCCAAAAAAGAGUGAGUUUCUCUAAAAACAAACUAUAAUUUUAUUUAUACAUAAAUUUCUUUCAGAUUCUCGAAAACGAACAACGUGCUGCUCGCGGUGAACCACUUCUUUCAUUAGAUGAAUUCAAACGAAUCAAAGCACCAAUUCUCCAAACUAAAAAUGGACUUCUCGACGAAUUACUUGCCAGUUGUGAUACACAAGCACUUUCUGAUUUUUCAACAUCUGUCACCGGUGAAAACAUUGCCAAAAUUUUCCUUGCUGAAGCAGUUGCUGAUGAACGUGUUCCGGGUUCAAAAGAUCGAUCAUCCAGUUCUGUUUCAACUCGUUAA